GAAGAAAGGUGGCCUGUGGCGUCCACGUGUUUCCGAGCUGUGUGUUUAUGACACAUGAUGGCUGAUGUUUGAGGACUGCAGCUAGAAGAGGAGCAAAAAGGAGAAUAAAAGCGACAUGAAAGCCGCCUCUAUAGAGAGUUAAAGACAACGUUUGAAGAUGCUGAGUGAUUCUGAGUCUGCAGAGCUGCUCUCCUUCCUGACCCCCAGCACGCGUCCAGAUGUCAAAGGUCGGGCCACCGAGUACAUCCUGGGACUGUCGGGACACAGGGAUGGCUGCCGCUUCCUCCAGUCUAAACCUGACCUAAUUGUUGCCCUGUUUGUCCUGACCUCUGACCCUUCCAUUGCCAUAGUAAAAGACUGUUACCACAUCUUUAUUAACCUCUCAGCCGACGAGACUCUUCAUCAGGUUUUGGUGAAAGAUGUGAAAGUUCUUCCUGUGUUGUUUAAGAACCUUCUGGAUCCGGAGUACCCGUUCUCCGAUCAGAUCUGUACCAUCCUGUCAAACCUGACCCGACAUGAGAAGACCUGCAAGACUGUAUUCAAGGAGCUGCAGGAGGAGGUCGGUCUGGCGCAGCUGGUUCAGAUCUUCUGUACCGAAGGUUACAAUAAGAAGGCUAAACUCCACUACCUGGGUCCUCUGCUGUCCAACCUGACACAGCUGCCAGAGGCCAGAAACUACUUGAUGGACAAGGACAGGUGUGUAGUCCAGCGGUUACUGCCCUUCACCCAGUAUGAGGCAUCUGUGGUGAGGAGGGGCGGAGUCAUAGGCACCCUGCGCAACUGUUGCUUUGACUACGCUCAUCACGAGUGGCUGCUGAGUGACGCCGUGGACAUCCUGCCCUUCCUCCUGCUGCCGCUGGCUGGUCCAGAGGAGCUGACAGAGGAAGAAAAUGAAGGCCUGCCGGUCGACCUGCAGUACCUCCCCGAGGACAAGAAGAGGGAGGGAGACCCCGACAUUCGAAAGAUGCUCCUGGAAACGCUCUUACUGCUGACUGCGACUAAAGCCGGCCGGCAGACGCUGAAAGAGAAGAACGUUUAUCCGAUCAUGAGAGAGUUCCACCGCUGGGAAAAGGACGUCCACGUCACGGCAGCCUGCGAGAAACUGGUCCAGGUGCUGAUAGGAGACGAGCCAGAGGAGGGGAUGGAGAACCUGAUGGAGGUGGAAAUCCCCAAGGACGUGGAGGAGAAACUAAAGGAGGCCGACGCCAAGGAACGGGAGGAGCUGGAGAAAGAGCAGGAGAAGAGGAUGCAAGAAGAAGAGGAGGAAAAGAAGAAGAGUGAUGCAGAGUGGACAGAGAACAGGAGAGCAGACUGAUGAAAUAAUAAAAUCUAUUUUAGGCUUUUUGUCAUUCGGAUACACACAGAUGAAGGCGGUGUCAGUGCUCAGCGGAGAGUUCAGUAGUCUAUGUAAUUAUCUCAGACUAAUUCUCGGACCGCAUCUGUGAUGAAUUUAAAGCUUAUUUUGCUGAUGAAACCAUAAUGAACAUGACUAUGGAGAAAUUACUCUUUUUCUCAUCUCAAGAGG